AUGUCAUCAGAUUUCGCAAAGGGUUUGAAUAAAAAGUUUGCACAAUCCAAGUCUCAAAUCAUGAUGAUGCAUCCACUAAUAGAUGUUGAUAAAGCUUUUUCCCUAGUUAUCCAACAAGAAAGGGAAAUGACCUAUGCACGAUCUGUGAUUCCAAAUGCAUCUUCCAAUAAAGAGGUGACUCCUUUUCAGACUAACACAUCUUCAGGAAAUCUCAAAGGCAAGACUGGUCAGAAUUCCUUCAGAAAUAAGUCACAAGGUGGAACUCGAGGAAACAAUUGUGUUUGCACUCACUGCGGCAUAACUAAUCACACAAUUGAAACAUGCUUCCUCAAACAUGGUUAUCCACCUAAUUUCAAAGGCAAAGGUAAAACUCAAAAUACCAACUCAUCAUAUCAGUCUGUUGCUUAUGUUCAUGUAAGUUGUGAUGAAUCACAACCAAGUUUUGUUUUCACUCAAGAGCAAUACAACAUUAUUGAAUUACUUGAACAGUCAAAACCCCACCCAAAGUCAAUUCUGUAUCUACUUCUCCUUUUGUCUUAA